ACAAAAGUCAUCUCUUCAACUUCCUAGCGGGAAGCUGCUAUCGGGAAGUGUGAACAGGCUGCUGGAAUCGCUGAUAAAUACAGUCAAAGUCAUACGAAUCAAAGAAGAUGAAGCUGUCCCGAGCUGAAUAUAAGGAGAUUGUUAGAUGGACUGAUCAGCUGAGACCCACCCGUCAAUGUAUGAAGAUUCUGAAAGAAAGAUUUCCAAAUCACUCGCAGUCCACUCUUCUGAGCAUCUUCUCCCUGGAGUACCAGAAACGAAUCAAAAGAACAAUCUCAAGACACCAUGCACCAGAUGCUAUUGAAAGCCACUACCAAAGGUAUCUGAGUGAAGCCAAGGCACAUCCCACUGCCCCCGUCCUGCUGGAGUUGGCCAAUGAGGCGGAUCUGUCUCCGGCACUGAUGGCUCGUAUCAUCCUGGACAGGUUCCUUCAGGGCCUCGAGGGUGGAGUGCCCUCUAAAAUAGUCCUGAACAGCAUGCUUAAAGAGCCAUCCUUGAUUCCAGACCAAAUGUUGGCGAAUAACAUUUACCAGUGCACAAUAAAUGACUGCUGUUAUGGACCACUGGUAGACUGCAUCAAACACGCUAUUGGCCAAGAACAUGAGGUGCUGCUCUGUGAAAAACUAAAGGAGAGGAACCUUUCCUUUCUAGAUGAAAACCAACUAAGAGUUAUGGGCUACGAUAAAACACCUGAUAUCAUCCUGGAGGUUCCCAUUGCCGUCGAAGGACAUAUUGUUCACUGGAUUGAGAGCAAAGCCUCGUUCGGAGACGACCACAGUCAUCGCACCUAUCUCAACGAACAGUUUUGGAGCUACUGGAACAG